AUCUUUUUCUUCAGUUUUCAAUUCUCCAUUUCUAUUCUUCCUUUUAGCUGACUGUUUAAUCCAUUUUUAUAGAAAACAAUGAGUCGGAGAGCGAACAGUCCAGAGCUGGAACUGACGCUGAACUCAUCGCCACCAAGGGCGCCAAACCAACAAGUUGGGUCGCCGAACACGUCGGUUUCCUCCUGCGAAAUGUCGGCGGAGAGCUCUUGCGUUUUGUCGGAGCCCGACGAGUCGGCGACGAUGGUGCAGUACCCGAUGAUGCUGGUGGGAUGCCCUCGGUGCCUCAUGUAUGUCAUGUUAUCGGAAGUGGAUCCCAAGUGCCCUCGAUGCAAGAGCACCGUCUUGCUUGAUUUUCUCAAGGAAGAGAACACUAAGAAGACAAGUAAAUGAACAAGAAUGUCCCAGGAGGCCAUGAUUGUUCU